UCCUCCGGCGGUGGCCGGCUCAAGUUUUUUCCGCCCGCCUCGGCGCCUCGUGCUUCUCGCGCAGGAUACGGGACUCGCGCCCCGGCGCAGCCUUGCGACGAAGAAAAGAAAAAGAAAAAAGAAAAAGAAAAAAUGCGCUCCGCCUGGAAACCUUCCCAAUGGGAUCUUUACCGACGGCUUUCCCGACUGAACCGCUGAUGUAAGGGAAUAUAAAUUGGAUUUAUUUCACCUAAACGGGGGCUGAGGUGUAGGGAGGCACGGACUUCAGAUGUGUCCCAUGCCAGCCAGGGUGGCCCUUCAGUCCCGAGAUGGAUUCCAGAAGUCAGAACGACAGCGAUGGGGCAGGACACCACGGGUGGUCGCCGUCAUCGAGCAGCUUGCCAGGCACGCUGCAUGACGAAGGGAGACCGCAACCCCGGUCUCCGCAAGCCCACGGUGGUCCGCCUGAACCUGGGCUGAGCAGCGGACAGUCACCCCAUACUCUAGCAGUGCUAUCUCUGGUUCAGAUUAGGAUAACUGGGAGUAGUAAUGAGUACACAGAAGGGCCCGCAGUGGCCCAGACGUCUCCAGCCUCUCAGCAAAGGCAACAGAAAAAAGACUUGGUGUCAUCACCUGGUUCAAGGACGAGUGGGCAGCAGGAGACCCAGGAUGAGAGGCCUAAUAGUCUCCACAACCUGCAUUCACUGACUCAGCAUGGAAACACAAAUACUUCCACCUCUUCCAGGGAGGGCGUGUUGCGGCCCUCCAGUGUAGAGGACUCCCAAAGUAGCGCCAGGACCAGCAUGGGGAGCACUUCUUCAGGCCAGAGGCUCCUCAGCAGCCCGGCAGGCGGCGACCAGAUCAUCAGAGCCCAGCCAAAACGUGCGGAGCUGAAUUCAGAAGAGCUGAAACCCCUGAGCGAGUCCAGGCCGGUGGUGGCCGUGCCAGGCAGCGGAGGCUAUAAAAAUCGUGGAAAACACUCCGACAAGUGUGAGAACUGUGGUAAGUGCCAGUGUUCGGAGUGUCGUCGCCCACGGGCGCUUCCUUUCUGCUGGACGUGUGGCCGGCGGUGCAUGUGCUCCGUGCAGAGCGCGGUGGAGUACGGGACGUGCGUCUGCUGCGUCAAGGGGCUGUUCUACCACUGCUCCAGCGACGACGAGGACACGUGCGCCGACAAGCCCUUCUCCUGCACACAGUCCCACUGCUGCGUCCGCUGGACCACCGUGUCGCUCCUCUCUCUACUCUUCCCCUGUCUCCUGUGCUACCUCCCGGCUAAAGGAUGUGUCGCCGUGUGCCAGAGCUGCUAUGACCGAGUCACACGACCCGGCUGUCGGUGCAAGAACACAAAACCAGUCCACUGUGUGGAUGUUCGCAAGCAAACGUAGAUGAAAUGGUCAUGUGUGUGUUGUAAUGCAGACGGAUGGAAAGACUCCAUGUUGACUGAACUGAUAGAUGUUUUGGCCCCCAUGCUUCUGUAGUGGAAAGGUUUAAUUAGGAAGGUAAUGAUGCCGUUGUGCUUGAGUUCUGUGUUUUCCGUCAUCCGGGCUUACCGGGUCUGCACUGGAGGUGCGCUCACUCACCCUAGCAUUAUGAGUUUCACUUGAAAGGCAAACCAAAAUAAGCGCUCCACAUGUUUAAAGGUAUGAAAACAUAUCCGACUACUGUUUUGUCCUGAAAAAUAAUUUCUUCAUUUGCCCAGAUAGUACCCAGAUAUGCUGGUGUUGCUAUGAGAGUCCAAAUGGAUAGCCUUUUUUUAACAUUUAAUACAACUUAUAUGCUAAGAACAGACUCCUGUUACUAACUGUAUGUAAAGUAGGAAAUGCAAAGGGUAUGUACAUUAGAAAAUAAGUUUGACAGAUGUUUUAUUUUUGUACAUAUAAUAAUACUUCAACUGUGAAAAGCGUUGUGCCACACCAGAGGCACCUUGAUAAAUUCACAUUUAUAUGAAUCAGUAAACUUCAUUCAUACAAUGUUUUUACAUUCACUGGAAUGUAUAUCAAUCAUUUUUAUGUAAUUUACAAAGGAAAAAUCUUAUCCCUUCUACUUGUAAAUUGUACAGUGACCUUUUAUGAAAAAAAUAUUUUCUAAUUCCAACAUUUCUUAGUGUAAAGUUUAAAAAAUAUAUAUUUAUUUGAAGGUUUAUUAUUUUAUAAUGAAAAAUAUUUAUUUUGAGAAAGCGUUGUUAAAUGCGUCACCCCUUUUGGGGCUACUCUGUAGUUGCUGCAGAUUGGAGGUGACCUGUAGGAGUGUCAAAGCUGGAUGAAUAGUUCACUAUGAAUUAGAAGACAAAUAUAUUAACGUUUGAAAUUAAACAACCUUGAA